AUGGAGGAAAGGGGAAAUGGAAGAAGAAAUAUUCAACAGGAGAAAGAAGGAGCACGAAAGAAUGAUAAAGGAGAAAGGGCAGAAGGACAAAGAAAGGGAAAAGGGAAAAGGAAAAAAGUGGGCGAUGGGGACGAGCAAAUUGAAAACCAGAUUAGUAGGGAUGAGGUGAAUGAGGCGAUUUCAAGGUUGAAAGAAACAAGGCAACAGGAAAAAAUGGCUUGGAAAAUUGAAGCACUGAAAUAUGGAGCAUUACGGAUGAGGAAAGAGAUGUGGAGGAUUUGCAAAAAGGUAUGGAAAGGAGAAGGGUUGCCGGAGGAGUGGAAGACAUGGCUCGUAGUACCGUUGAUUAGGAAAGGAGAAGGCAAAAAGGUGGAGGAAUAUAGAGGUAUCACACUCAUGUUCGUGGGAUAUCAAAUUUAUGCGGAAGUGCUUCGAAGGAGUUUGGAAAGACAGGUGGAAGAGAAAGCAAAUGUACCACACAACCGAACGUGUUUUAUAAAAGGGAUGGGAACCGUAGCCAACGUUUACGUGCUCAACUAUCUAGUGAAUAGAAACUUGGGGCGGAAGAAAGGGAAGCUAGUCGCAUUGUUUGUAGACUUAAAGGCAGCAUUCGAAUCAGUUAACAGGAGGAUCUUAUAA